CGGACUCAUCAGCGCAGCUGAAAGUAAGUUAUCAAUCACCUAAUAUCUCAUGCAAAUCCUGGCUCGGCGUUCGUCAGCUGGACCAAGUACCUAGGUCGUGCUUUCACAGCUGGCGCCGCCUGGGAGAGCAAGUGGAAGAAAAUCCGAGCGCGAACAUGUCACUCAUCGUCAUCGUGAACUUGCCCACUCUCACGAUCUCAUCAUGAGACUCCCGUCGUUCACCGGUCAAGGCAUUGGAUUAAAGGAACAGUCAGGAUGCGAACAACGCGUGCUUGGGGAGUCUAAGAUAAUCGCAGCAAUCUGCCCCCAGGCCAUCAAGGUGCCUUUCAGCCCCACCGCAAGAUAUUCCUACCUACUAAAGGCGGGCUUCACGACGCCGUCGACAGCUCUCGUACCAAGGGCAUGAAAUUCUACCUUCAAAAUCCAGUUCGACUCAUAUACAAAAAGAAGAAUGGGCCGAACGCAGCCAUCAGUUGGGCAGCCACCAGCGGCCUUUCGGAAAGCCGCGCGAGCCAAAAAGGCCAAGGUCACCCUCAAUCAGCUAAUUCCAUCGCUGCUCCCUACGCACCCACGAGCCCAGCGCGGGAUCGAUUCAGCUGAGCUGAUCGUCGAGCCAAAGUCAGCGGUCAAGGAGACCCGAACUCCCAAGAAAGAAGGCCCUGAUGUUUCGGAGACCAAUGGGGCACUUCACAUCAGACUUCAAGUAGCCGACACUCUCACAGCUGCUCACGCGUUGGUGACCGAGAAGGCGGAACCGGAUCGCCCGGUAAACGUAAGCAAUAAAGAGACACGGGUCGCGAUACUCAACAUGGCUUCACCUCUGACGCCCGGCGGUGGCUUCGUCAACGGAGCCGGUAGUCAGGAAGAGUCAUUAUGUAUGCGGACUACGCUGCUGCCAUCUCUAAAAGACGAGUACUACCGUUUGCCGGAGCUCGGUGCCGUUUACACACCAGAUGUACUGGUAUUCCGAGAUGAAGAUACGGACGACGUGUUGGAGAAGAAAGACCGAUGGUUCGUGGACUGCAUUAGCGCUGCCAUGUUGCGAAAUCCGGAAAUUGAGCGAGAUGAAGACACUGGCUUCAGCCACUACGUUCAAGAAAAAGACAGACAACUCAUCCUGGAAAAGAUGAAGAUUGUGCUUCGGAUAUGCCAGCUCAAGGGCAUCAGGAAGAUCGUCCUCGGUGCUUGGGGAUGUGGUGCCUACGGAAAUCCAGUCGCCGAAGUAGCCAAGGCUUGGAAGAAAGCACUGCUACCGAGAAACGACAGAAAAGGGAAAAAGAAAGGGAACAAAGAGACAUGGAGCGGGAUCGAAGAAGUUGUCUUCGCAAUCAAAGAUAUUGGCAUGGCUGACGCCUUCGAAGAGGCUUUCGGAAAAGGCAUUGACAGAGACGUGGAAGCUGAGGUGGAUGAAUCCGAUGAGGAUAUUGAUAUUGCUCAAAGGGACAGGGAAGAACUUCAAGCAAGGAUUGCCGAAUUGAAGCAGCGCAUCGAUGCCACGCCAAAUCCACAAGUCAAGAAGGGUCUCGAUUCAAUUCUUGAUGGAUUGAUAAGCCAACUGCCCACUAAUUCGGGAAAAGACAUCGACGAAGACGAGGAUGAAGUUGAUGGAUCAGAGGACGAUAGCGGCGAUAGUGACGCAGGUUCAGAGCAAGCAUGAAUCCAGGCAUAACUUAUGAUCUAUUAAUAGCACUGUUACCCUC